UUAAAAUCCCGCCAUUUGACAGAUGCUUAACGUUUGUAGCAUUAAUUGGUGUUUUGCAGAGUUUCUUCAUAAUAUUUAUUAUUUAUAAAAUAAGUUUUGAGUUUUGUGCAUUUAUAAAUAUCCAAAAUGACUGAAGCUGAUCAAUCCAGCAAUGAAGAUUGCUGGACUCCUUAUAAACAGCUCCAAAACCUCGUGGAACGUUAUGUGAUCUUAACACCAUCAACUCCAGACCCUCAAUACCAUGAAUUUAUGGAAGCUCUUCGAAUUCACCGGCAAAAUUUUCUAACCUUAAUGAAGAAUUCGCCAAAAAAUGCCAAAAGUCGUGAAGAAAUACAAAAAGGAGUGACCGAAGGAAUAACUCUAUCGGAUUUAGGUCAUCAUAUUUUAUCAAAAGAACUCGUGGACGAGACAAUAAUCAUCUCUGACAUGUACGAUCUCAACGAGUACAUGGCUCUAGACCUUUUGUGCACAGCUCAACUUCAGAUGCCACAUCAUCCAGGCUUAACUCGUGGAUUGACAGCUAUUCUUCUCUACUAUGAUGGAAGAAAAGCAUUAACAUCAGCUCUAAGAACUCUAGUUCAAGCUAGAAUAGGUCACAGUUGGGUUCUAGAUACUCCAGUAACAUUAACUAAAAAAAUAACAGAGUAUACAAACAAAUUGCACGAAGACGGAUUACUUGAUAGUGUGCUAUCACUUCUGGAACAGAUGGAUCCAACAAAAGAACAAGAUUUACUGCAACAAAACCGUGCUCUUGGUGGACCGGAACAUCAUCACAUGGUGAUGAAGCUCUACAAUGAAACUAGACAAGAUUUAGCUGAUAUUUUAUAUCUGUGGGCAGCACAAACAUCAUUGCCAACUAAAAUUAUCUUUAGACUUCUUGCUAUGCUGAAAGACAAACAACCAGAAUCUGAAUGUGGUAAUGGAGGUCCUGAUAAAGUAACACUAUCAUUAAUUAUGGCUUUAUUAUAUGCUAUGAACUUGAGUUCACUUCACAAUCGUGAAGAUGGUGAGCUUAUUGUCAAAUCAAUUCCUCUUAUAGCAGAGUUUAGUGUAUUUGAGAAGUUUAUUCAAGAACUGAUGAAUCCGAACUCAUGGAAAAACAAUGGACUCUGGGGUGUAAUUCAACUGGCAACAUCUAUUGCUAUAGCAACCAUUAAAUCAGCUUCUAAUAUGUCUUUGAGUCAGAACAUCAUGAAAGAAGAUGAGAUCCUAGUGGAAGCAGCGCUUUCUAAUCGAGCUUUUCAUUUUAUCACAUCUGUGAUAUUUAAAAGUGAUGACAUUUAUUACGAAGAGUUUUAUAUUCGGUAUUUUCAUAGCUUCAUUUCGGAUUUUAUUACUCUGAUGCCAAUGAAGGUAAAGGAACUACGAUCACGGGCUGAUGAAUCGAUGAGAUUCAUUGCUGCUUACCAACAGGAAGGUGUAGAGCCUCCGUUGAACCUUGAUGACCAUUUUGAAUAUCUUAUGCUAAUGGUAGCGGAGCUUUAUAAAAAAGAUCCACUUAAAUUAAAUCUAGUGCUUGAUUACUGGUAUCAGCAUAACGAAAAUCAUAUAUCAGUACACUCUAGACUACCAGCAAGACAAGUAGCUUUGUUUAAAUUCGUUAGAUUGGCUGGAGAAAUUCUUCCAGCUGGACUUUUUGUACCCUAUUUAAAGAUGAUUGCAUCACUGGCUUCAUCACCACAAGCUGCACGACAUGCUUUCAAUUUUUUAAAACCAAAUGGCUCUUCAGGGUCGACUAUAUCAUGGGACCACUUUUUUAAUUCAUUGAAUAGGUAUUAUUAUAACUUGAGACAAGAAUUACCACCAAGUCAAGAUACUAUUUAUCGGCAGAGAAAUCAUCCUAAAGGAAUAACUCCUCAUGAAGUUAAAGGCCUCGAAGCAGUGCUGAAUGUGGUCCAAGUUGUAGCAAAGUAUGACGAAAUGUCUAGAGUUGCUAUUUGUGAUCAUCCAGGCUGGAAAGUGAUUCCAUCAUUAAUCGGACUUGUUGGUUGUGCUAUGCCGAUCCCUCUUAAAGGUGUUCUAGUGCGUACCUUGGCUGCUUUAGCUAAAUCUCCUGAGUCUUCUUACACCAUUUGGCAAAGUUUAGAAGCAGCACAGAUUCUCUGCACCAUUCCUACCACUAGCAGUUAUCAACCUCGUGGAGUACAGACAGAAUUAGAGGAAAUUGAAUCCAGGAAUGAAGAGUAUCCGCUUACUAGAGCUAUGCUUGAGCUUCUAGACUCUCUUACUGAUUACCCAAUACCAAGAUUGCUUGGAGUUGGCCAAAGAAAUCCAGGUUUUGACCCUUAUCUACAGUUCAUCAUCAACACAGUUUUCUUAAGAUUCAACACAAGGUCGUAUAAAAAUCCUGGUGAAAAGUGGCAGGUUGCUGACUUGUGUUUAAACAUUUUUUACAAGCUUCUUACUCAGUAUGAGCCGAAUAUUGAAGACUUUGUGGGUUGUAAAGUAGAAAUUCAAGGUGGAGAGUCGACUUUGGUAAAUCCAGAGCCAGGAUAUCACUUGAUGACUCAACUUCAUUCAAACUCUGAGCUUCUUCAUGUCAUUUUGUAUAUCCUGGAUGAAGGAAGACAUUAUUUUGAGACAUAUGAACCCAUCGCUGGUAAGAAAUACCUAGAAAAUAGUACUUUAAACUGUCUGAGGAUCUUAGAACACACUCUAAAGAUGCAACAAUACUACAUGGCUCAGCUAACUAUCGCCACGACGUCUAAUAAAAUUCUAACUGGUUUAUCAAAGCUACUUUUAGGUGUGAAUCCAAGAACUGGCAAACCAGAUCACAUGAUCAACAUUGCAAUGUUUGUGGUAUUUAAUUCCUGGCUUAAGAAACAUGCCUACGUUGCUCUAGGAGUGAUUCAAGGUGUUGCAAGUGAACCAGGAGCUGAUUCCGAGCUCUUAGCAACCUUUACAUCAACUCCUACGCUUGCUUUGACCAUCAGACAUGGUUUUGUCGAAUGUUUAGACUCGGAUGAAAUCAUCUCCGAGGAGGAAGAUGAUCAUCAGACACCAGGCAACUGUAAAGAUAGGAUUUUACUUUUGUUGAUUCAGAAUAUUUCCAGACCAACUCCUAAUCUUGCUCAUUAUUUACUUGGCUUCGACAUCACUAAAGACAUCAGGAAAACUGUCGUUCAACAGCCUGGUAUGCUUGGAUUUCCACGGACUUGUCUUCAUUCCAUUCUAGGUAUUUUGGAGUUGUCUUUGGAAAGAGGCAGAGAUAAAAUCACAGAAGCUUGUUACAGGUUUUUGCAUAUUCUUGCCGCCAAUGCUAAAACAUCAGUUCCUGUUUUAAGGUUUUUACGAACAUCAACCAAUCAGGAUUUCGUUCAACGACAUUUGUCCAAGCUUCCUUUUCAAGGACCCAAUCGUGCUAUAGAGCUUGCAUGUAUGUCUUGGUUGCUAAAAAUAGCCGCGAUUGAACUUCAUAUCGCUGGUGGCUCUCUUCAGAACAGUUUGGUACGAAGACUUGUGGGAAAUGUGCUUCAAGAUGGAACAGUUUUUCCACUUUCUCAGAAACUACUAAUGGAUCUUUUGCAUUACAUUGACUUUGAAAUCCAACGGGAACCAACGAAAUCCUGGGAAUUUUUUGAUCCUUCUCAAGUGGAAAUGGUGCUAAAUAAAUGUAGUGUUCCUAUGAUUGCUAAUGGAGGUCCACAGUUGAUCGACAUCAGAAGACUUCAUGCUUUGAUCAAAGAAGAACUCGCAGUAACUCAAAGCUCUGCCACAGCAACACAACGAAAAUUAAUGCAACAAGAAUUGCAGUCAAUUUUAGCUUACGCUCUAAAGAGAAAUCAAACUAAAACCCUUUCCUAUGCUACGGUGAAGUUUGUUGAGGGUUGGUGUCAAGCAACAGAGAUGCUUUUUUCCAUCGCUACUACUCAGCAGUUGCCUACAAGCCUUCGUCAGAGUUUACUUCUUAAUCUCUCGCAUGAUUUACUACAAAAAAUGACGUCUUGCGAAGCAAUUAGUGAAAUAAAAACCCUAGUUUCUAGCACGGUUUUAAUUUUACUAGUGAAUUUAAAGAAUACUUUUGCUGUGCCAGAUGCAGAAAACUCGGAAGUUUUAAUCUCUUCAUCACCAUCCUACACUACAACCAUGAAAAUCAUUUUAAAUCACAUUUUACAAUGGAUUAUCAACUCUGGAGCAUCUUCUCAGAAGGUCAGAACUCAUCUCUACGGAGCUUUGCUCAACUUCUUAUGUGUUGUUGGUCUAGAAAAAUCAGAAUCGACUGAAGUUAAUUACAAUUACGUUUCCCAAUUGGAUCAUUCUCUCUACCGUUCACUUACAAUUCACGAAAAGUCUCAUAGAUACUCGACAAUUCAAGUAAUCAAUGCUUUCGGUGAUAAACUGAUGGACAUCGUGGCGCACAAUUGUUCUGGUGGUCAUGAUGUCUGUAAAAUGUUAGCCUUAUCCUGCCUAGAUAAAAUCCUAGAACUAGACUGUGAUAAUUCUUGGAUAAUUUACUUGUCAAGUCGAGGAUACCUGAAACACAUGAUUGACAGUCUUUUAGAGUCUGAUAAUCUCCUUCGUAGCAUCCUCCAACCUGAACCAUCAACACUAAGACCUUUAUAUCUCUACGAGGCUAAAAUAGCGACCUUUUGUCGUAUGGCAGCAUCAAGACUCGGUGCUGAAAGUCUUUUGGAAAGUAAAAUCCUAUCUUGCUUAUCAUCAAUGUCAGUUUUUGAUCAACAUCCAGACAUUCAAAUUAGUUUUAAAGAAAGUACUGAGAGUUUUCUUCCAUCACUUGGCCAACGUUACCAACAAAUUCUUCUUCCAGCGCUCUACCUUUGUGAUGCUUUGCUCACAACAUUAGGUACUGAAAACCAAUCCUGUGCGAUUCAAGUUUGCGGAUUUAUUCAAAGUCAUCGCGAUGCCGUGGAGAUUAUUUUAAGAAAUGCAAUGCCACAUUUCAAUAAUUUGUUUCUUAAUCAAGUAUCCUGUCUCACUGGAGUGAUCGCAAGAUCAGCAAACAUUGACAUGUACCAAUUGGUAGAGAAAGAGCUAAACAUCGACAUCUCUAAACAAGACAGCUUUCCAGAUAAUACUGGAAUGCGAGAAUUGCGUGCUCAUUUAUUCAGACUUCAAAAACUAAUGGUUUCUUUACUAUCAAAGUUUAGUGACAAUAAACCUCCAUUAGGUUCUAAUGUUCUAGAACGUGAUCAUCAGCUUGAAGUUCACUAUUCAUCAAUAAAAAUAGCUGCAAAUGUUUUAUUAUACGCUAGAAACCAAAUGCAACAUACUCAUAUGAACCAGAAGAUCAGAAAUUUAUUGUUCGAACCAUUUUUAAAUAAAUCCAACAUUAAAGACAUCGCAAGACGUGAAGGAAGUGGUGUUACAAUUGGUGCGAUAGUCAAUAUGCUGAUAUCAACAACAAAUUUACUUUACUUUGAGCUUUCGAAUCUAGAUUCUUUGAUCAAAAAAGCUGAAAUGGUAAAAGAAAUGAAUGCAACGGACUUAAAAAAAUAUUUAAUUGAAGAAGAGUUGGAGUUAAAUAUGAUAAAACAACGAGUUAUUGUAACAAAGAGAUUAGAAAAACAAACUAAUGAUAAAAAACAGAAUAUAAGAUAUUGUUCGUUCAUUGUUGAACAUUCUCUUUACAUUUUAUGGAGUCAUUUAGAUUACUAUGUCAUGAAUGCGACAUCAAAGUAUAGUAGAACACAGAUUUCUGAUGUUGAUGAGAAUUAUACUAUCAGCAAUGAAAUUUUAGCUGAUUUAAAACAAGGACUUGUUGGAGUAUUUAGUGAUGCUUUUGUGGCACAACUUCUUGACUUAGGUCAUCAUGAAUUCUCCAUGGUAGAACAGUCUUUUAUAGAAGCAUUGAUUAGAAGGAUAAAAAGACUUUUACAAUUUGUUAUUAUCAAAUAAUUUCUUAUUUUUUAAUUUUGUUUGUUUUUUUUAUAAGUCAAGAAGUUUUUGUCAUUUCUAUGUCAAGUGUUUCACUGCCGAGUUCUUAAAUAUUCUUUAAAUUUUAUAUCAGAAUUUGCUAAUUAAAGUUAAUUUCAUUUGUUAAGAAAAUUCAAAUGAUAAUAAAAAUUUAAUAGACAAUUUUAGAUUUAUUUUUUCUUUCUUCAUAUUAAACCGAUGAAUAAUUCAAUUGUUUAAUAAAACAUGUAUCUACUCAUAAUUUCAUUAUUUCUCAUAAAUGUAUUUGAAUGUUUCAAACAGUAAACAAUAAAACAAAUAUUUUUGUAAAAUAUUAAAUUGCUAUAAUAAAUAUUACGUCAU